GCAAUGAGCGUUACGGAGCAAUCGCCCGACAUCUCCGUCAUGGCUUUCGCUGAGGACGAGAGGAGAAACGCGCUGGAUUUCUAUGUACCCCGGCACGACAUCGACGACGAGAUUCUGCGAGUCCUCAAGCAGGCACAAAUCGACAUGGGAGACGAGGUCUGCACGCGUUUGAUGCUGCAGAAAGUGCGCAAUAUCAACGCGGAUGACCUCAGGCAACGUGACCAACUCACGGUUGCUCUGGACUCCCUGUCGUCAAGCGGGCUCAUCACCGAUUCUGGGCCGAAGGACAAAGAGAGUAAGGAGAAGCUCAUCCACAGCAUGAUCAUCCAG